UUGGGAGGAGGCGACCGGAGCGGAGCGGAGCCCCUCGGAUCUGAGGGCGGUAAUUUAUUUGCCCCAGCCUUUGCUCCAGAUUACUUGCGAUGUUAGGCUGAAAUUACAACGUGGACGCCGGCUUCGUUCGUGGUGAACGCGAAUAAACCGUUUCGUACUGAUCUGCGGGACUGACGUCUGUCAGCGGCUGAGAGUGAAUCAUCUGUAGCCUGGCUAACGUUAACGCUACAGCGGGGAUGCGUCGCCACUGAACCGGAGGCCUAAAACUACAUUUUCUUAUUAACCGUUUGAAUCUCAACACAUCAACUUUCUCUCGCACGAUGGAGGAAAUCCUACGGAAGCUCCAGAAAGAAGCCUCCGGGAACAAAUACAAAGCUAUUCGGGAUGCCUGCACCUCUGCUUGUGAAACCCUAGAGGCUCAAAAUGGACCGGUGAAGACCUCAGCGGCAAAGCUCAGGGAGAGAUGUCUCUUCCCACUUCGUCUGGCUCUGGAGUCCAAAAACCCCAAGUUGGCCCAAACAGCUCUCAUGGGGAUGCAGAAGAUACUUUGCGAGGAUCACUUUGUUGCUGCGGAAACAGAAGCGCCGGAGAAGCAGCUGCUGAGUCAGAUGCUGAAGGCCAUCAGUGUGACGCCAACCCUCCACGAAGACCUACAGGUUGAAGUGAUGAAGGUCUUGCUCUGCAUCACCUAUUCCUCCACCUUUGAGAUCAAUGGCAAGAACAUCUUGAGGAUUGCGGAGGUGUGUGUCGAGACGUACAUAUCGAGUUGUCAUCAGCGCAGCAUCAACACCGCAGUGAGGGCCACACUCAGUCAGAUACUUGGAGACCUCACUCUUCAGCUUCACAGGCAGGAGGGCUUGGGGGCAGAUGGAGUGGAGAUUUCUGUGCCUACAUCCCAGCGAAAAGACAUCUCUCCCACCACUGCUGCGCUGUAUGAGGACGUGGUAACUGUCCUCACUGUGUUCUGCGAAAAACUAGAGUCAGUUUCAAGUGAGAAUCAGCUGCUGCAGCUGCUGUAUCUGGAGUGCAUUCUGUCUAUGCUCAGCAGCUGCCCUCCCACAAUGCACCUGCACCGUAACUUCACCGACCUCGUCUGGAAACAGCUGUGUCCAACUCUGGUGGUGAUCAUGGGGAACCCUGUCAAUGAUAAAACAAUCACCUCUGCUCAUGGAGGGGCAUCCCAAGAGUCAGACUCUGCUUGUGGUGCAGGGGUGACUGACCAGGGCCGGGGAUCUGGCUGCUCCUCUAGUGCCCCUGCCAUGAUCGGACCGGUGGUCCGCACCAUCUGCUACAUCGCAGCGGAGCUGGUCCGGCUGGUAGGCUGUGUGGAGUCCAUGAAGCCUGUGCUGCAGUCUCUAUACCACCGCAUCUUGCUCUACCCACCCCCACAGCACAGAGUGGAGGCUAUCAAGAUCAUGAAGGAGAUCCUUGGGAGCCCACAGCGUUUGUUUGACCUGGCUGGUCCGUGUGUCCUCGAGCAUGAGACCAGGAAGAGAUCGUUCUCCAAAAGAAAGUCUCAUCUCGACCUCCUUAAACUAGUGAUGGAUGGCAUGACGGAGGCUUGUGUGAAGGGCGGUAUUGAGGCCUGCUACUCCUCUGUUUCCUGUGCCUGUGCCUUACUGGGUGCUCUGGAUGAGCUCAGCCAGGGGCGCGGCCUGCAGCCCGACCAGGCGCAGCUUCUGCUGAGGCGACUGGAUGAUUUGAAGGAAGGGGUGGAGUCUGCGCGGGAGUCUGUGGAGUUGAACGAGGCUGACUUCCGCUGGCAGCGGCGCGUGCUGUCCUCUGAGAAUGCACCAUGGGAGCCGGGCAUUCCAGAGCGCAGCCCUGAUAUUAGCAUCAGUGUCACCACAGAGACAGGACAAACAACGAUGGCGGGGGAGCUGAGCCAGACCACUCCAGAGGAAUGUGGGGAGGAGCCACGGUUGACUUCGCCCUCUUCUGGCAGAGGAGCGGCCGCUCCAGACCUGCCAUCGUGUGCGAGGGAAAGCGGUGGCCACGAGGCUCCACCCCCCAGUGCUGCCCCUCCUGACGUGGUGCAGCGCAGCCAUGGCCUGGCCUACCCGGACAUCACCAACUUCCUGUCGGUGGAGUCCCGGGCACGUUCGCAUGGCUCGCGCUACAGUGAGAGCAACUUCAGCAUGGAUGAGCAAGAGCUGUCGCGCACAGAGUUUGACUCUUGCGAUCAGUACUCCAUGGCUGCCGAGAAGGACUCUGGACGCUCCGACGUCUCGGACAUGGGCUCGGACAACUGCUCGCUGGCCGACGAGGAGCAGACACCGCGCGACUGCCCAGGCCACCGCUCUCUGCGGACGGCUGCGCUCUCACUCAAGCUGCUGAAGAACCAGGAGGCGGACCAGCAGAGCGCACGGCUUUUCGUCCAGUCCCUGGCCGCCCUGCUUCCGCGUCUGCUGGCCCUACAUAACUCUGCCGAUGUCGAAGUCUCCCUCCAGAACUUCUCUUCCACCUUCUGCACUGGCUUGCAAGCAGGGGGUAUCUGCUCUCCUGGCUUUCAGGGCAGUGACAAUCUGAGUUGUCAGGCUUUGAUGAAUGCUGAUGGACUUUACUUGGUGUCUUACUACGCCUUGCUUCUCAACCUCAAACUUUGCACUUGUGAUUACUACCACCGGAAACCCACGCCAGCCCUUGUCACUCUGAAAGACUUUGUGCGUCAGAUCCAGAGCAGUGGGGUGUUGGUGGUGCUCUCUCAGGCCUGGAUAGAGGAGCUGUACCACCAAGUCUUGGAGAGGAAUCUGCUGGGGGAGGCUGGCUACUGGAGCUCUCCUGAGGACCACUCUCUACCCCUCAUCACCAUGCUCACAGACAUUGAUGGUCUUGGCAGCAGUGCUAUCGGAGGUCAGCUGAUCAGAAGAGCCUCCACACAGUCGCCCUUCAACAGCGAUAAGAGCGGGAGUAACACCAUGAUAGCAGGUGUGGUCUUUGCCCGAUACAUCCUGACUGGCUGCUGGAAGAACCUGAUCGAUACGCUGUCCACGCCACUGACUGGCCGCAUGGCAGGUAGUUCACGGGGGCUGGCCUUUAUCCUAGGUGCAGAAGGGGUGAAGGUCCAGAACCAGAGAGAGAGAGACACCAUCUGCCUCAGCCUGGACGGGCUGCGCAAGGCAGCCGCGCUCAGCUGCGCUCUGGGUGUGGCUGCCAACUGUGCUUCAGCUGUAGCCCAGAUGGCAGCGGCUUCCUGUGUGCAGGAGGAGAAGGAGGAGAGGGAUCUAGCUGAGAUUGGAGAUGCCAUUACUCAAGUUAAGCAGCGAAUGGAGCAGAAGCUGGAGCAGAUGGGCCGUUGUCAGGGAGUGAGGCUGCACACGGCUCACGUGCUCUGCAUGGACGCCAUCCUCAACGUGGGUUUGGAGAUGGGCAGCCAUAAUCAUGACUGCUGGCCGCACGUCUUCAGGGUGAUUGAGUACGUGAGCUCGCUGGAGCACACUCACUUCAGAGAUGGGAGCUCGCAGCCUCCACUGGCCAUCACUCAGGCGCAGCAGGCUGUGGCGGCGCUGGUGGAUCCGGGGCUGGAGCUGAGCGCUGAACCCAUCCCGGAGCUAGAGCUGAGCAUGGGGAACCCGGUAAUCCAGCCCGUGUCCAUCCAGGAGCUGCUGCGUGAGAGCAGCCACGCUAAAGGAUUUGACCUGCGGGGAGGCAGUCUGCUCACAAGCACCAACGCCGCCAAGGCCGUGUGCACACUGUCCACUCAGGCUGACCGACUGUUUGAAGAUGCUGUGAGCAAACUUAACCUGGUGGGUCUAGUGGGUUUCCUACACCAGCUGAGGAAAGCCUCCCAAUCACAGCUUUUUGACUCGGUCACAGAGACGGGAGACUACUCUUUAGCCAUGCCAGGAGAGGCGAAGUCCACUCAGGAGAAGCGUAGUGCUCUGCACCUCUUCAGGCUGGGUGAGGCCAUGCUUCGCAUCGUGAGGAACAAGAGUAGACCCCUGCUACACAUGAUGAGAGCUUGGAGUGUAGUGGCUCCUCAUCUGGUGGAGGCCGCCUGUCAUAAAGAACGACAUGUUUCUCAGAAAGCUGUUUCUUUUAUCCACGAUGUGUUGCUGGAGGUUUUGAGCACCUGGGCAGAGCUGCCACACUUCCAUUUUAACGAGGCACUGUUCCGGCCAUUCGAGCACAUCAUGCAGCUGGAGUUGUGCGAUGAGGAUGUUCAGGAUCAGGUUAUUACCUCCAUUGGGGAGCUGGUGGAGCUGUGCUCUCCUCAGAUUCAGUCUGGCUGGAGGCCGCUCUUCAGCGCGCUCCGCACCGUGCAUGGAAGCAAGACUGACGUGAAGGACUAUCUGAUUGGAGAAUACUCUAUGGGCAAAUCCCAAGCACCUGUGUUUGAUGUCUUUGAAGCCUUCAUUAAUACAGACAACAUUCAGGUGUUUGCCAACGCAGCAACUGACUACAUCAUGUGCCUUAUGAAGUUUGUGAAGGGGUUAGGAGAAGCGGAUUACAAGGAGAUUGGGGAUUGUGUUCACAUGAAUGGAUACAGCUCUACAGACCUGUGCCUUCCUGCACUGGACUACCUGAGGAAGUGCUCACAGCUAUUAGCCAAAAUUUACAAGAUGCCUUCCAAGCCAGUAUUUCUCGGGGCGCGGCUGGCUAGUCUGCCCAUGAGAGCACAGGAACGGUCUGUGAACAGCGAAGAUGGCGUGGACUGUGUUCUAGCAGAAUUUGAUGAUGACACAGGUCUGAUCCAGGUGUGGAUCCUCCUGUUGGAGCAGCUGACUGCAGCUGUGUCUAACUGCCCCCGCCAGCAUCAACCGCCCACCCUGGAACUGCUGUUUGAGCUUCUCCGAGAGGUCACCAAGACACCAGGCCCAGGCUUUGCCAUUUUCUCAGUCAUCCAGCUCCUUCUUCCAGUCAUGUCACUAUGGCUGCAGCGUAGCCACGGAGAUUACUCGUACUGGGAUGUCGCUGCUGCUAACUUUAAGCAUGCCAUCGGGCUCUCCUGUGAGCUGGUAGUAGAGCACGUCCAAACUUUCAUACAUUCAGACAUGGGCUAUGAAAAUCUCAUUAACCUGAUGCUGAAGGACCUGUUCAAGCUGCUGGUGUCCUGUGUGGCGGAGCCUGCAGAGACCAUCUCCAGAGUGGGAUGUUCCUGUAUCAGGUAUGUGUUGGUGACAACAGGGCCUGUCUUUACUGAAGAGAUGUGGAGGCUAGCCUGCUGUGCCCUACAAGAUGCCUUUUCAGCAACCCUUGAACCUGUAAAGAACCUGCUAGCAUGUUUCCGGAGCGGUUCUGACACGUUCACGGGAGACGCGUGUGAAGUGAAAGUAGCGGCCCCCACCCACUCAGCUUCUGCAGAGGCUGAGUACUGGAGGAUCCGCGCCAUGGCCCAACAGGUCUUUAUGCUGGACACUCAGUGCUCUCCCAAAACUCCCAGCAGCAAAGAAGGGUUUGAGCAUGCUCAGUCCUGUGUGCUGAUCAUUGAGCUUCCUGCAGACCAGCAGUCCAACGGCCACACUCAGAAGAGGAAAAUUGGGAUUCCAUUCAGGACAAUCGUGGUGAGUCUGCUGUCCCACCAAGUGCUGCUGCAGAACCUCUAUGAUAUCCUGCUGGAGGAGUUUGUGAAGGGCUCCGGGGGCAAUGAAGCCCAGGAUCGGGUCACACCUGUGUCAGAGCCCAAAUCCGCUGGUUUCCUGCGUUACAUAUCCAUGCAGAACCUGGCCAUCAUCUUUGACCUGCUGCUGGACUCGUACCGCACAGCGCGAGACUUUGAUACGCGACCCGGCCUCAAGUAUCUCCUUAUGAAGGUGUCGGGGGUGUGCGGGGCUGCUAACCUCUAUCGGCAGUCCACCAUGAGCUUCAACAUUUACUUCCAGGCUCUGCUCUGUGCCAUGCUGACCAACCAGGAGAACAUCACUGUGGACCAGGUUAAGAAGAUCCUCAGCGAGGAAGAAGAGGGCAGCUCAGACUCUUCGCAGCAAUGCUCAUCUGAAGACGAGGACAUCUUUGAGGAGACUGCGCAGGUGAGCCCCCCGCGCGGAAGGGAGAAGCGGCAGUGGCGCACACGAGUCCCGUCUCUGAGCACCCAGCCUGUCAGCAGCGUGGACUGGGCCUGGUUGGUCAAGCGCCUGCACAAGCUUUGUAUGGACCUCUGCAACAACUAUAUCCAAAUGCAUCUGGACCUGGAGAGCAUCGUUGAGGAGCAGCCUCCUCUCCGGCCCCCAGAUGCCCUCUUCUUCCUGCCCCUCUUCCCCUCCGAGACCUCCACGCCUUCCACGGGGGGGCACUCAGGACGUGGGACGCCGUCGGAGGACGGCUUCCGCCUCCACCUGGCUGACACGCCCUCGGAGGAGGUGCAAAGCCCGGGUGUCGCCGGCACCAGCCUGCCCCAGCUGAGAGGCGAAAGGAGGGGGGCUGAGGCUGGGCGUAAGAAAGAGUGGUGGGAGAGUGCCAGCAACAAGCUGUACACCAUCGCCACCGACAAAACCAUCACCAAACUGAUGAUCGAGUACAAGAAGCGCAAGCAGCAGCACAACCAUGCCGCGUUCAUUAAAGAGGUAAAGGUGGGUGAAAAGAGGGCUGAAGCGGUGACUAUCAGAGGGCCAGACUCUCCGGGGCCCCAGAGGCCCCAGCAGCUGGUGGAACAGGGGCCCAUGCGACACUCGUUCAGUGCAGGACCAGAGCUGCUGCGGCAAGACAAGAGACCCCGCUCAGGCUCCACAGCAAGCUCCCAUAACAUCUCCCUGAGAGACUCAGAGGCGCAGAUACAAGCGUGGACCAACAUGGUCCUCACCAUCUUGAACCAAAUUCAGCUGUUGCCGGACCCCACAUUCAUCGCCCUCCAGCCGGCCGUGUUCCCAUGCAUCAGCCAGCUGACCUGUCAUGUGACUGACCUCAGAGUGCGGCAGGCGGUGCGCGAGUGGCUGGGACGUGUAGGUCGAGUUUACGACAUUAUCCUGUGAGGAGCUUGCGUCGUUUUUUUUUUUUUUGUUUGUUUUAUUUUGUUGUUGUCGCUGUUGUGAAUCAGCUUCGUUCACAGACCCGUUUGAUUGUAAUUUAUUUCCUGCCUUGGGAUGUAGCGCUGACUGGGCUAUGAAGGAUUUCCUCUGUUUCAUUUAUGAACUUAUUUAUUGUUGUACUCUGUUGUCUCCGUAGAACAUAUUUAUGUGAAUGCUUUGCAAAUCCUAUGCUAUUAUACUGAGAAUCUAUAUUUUGUUUAUUUAAACAAUACCCCUCAUAUGGUAUUGAGUACAACGACUUAUGAAAUUUACUUUAUCAAUAUUACAUUAAUAUUUAUUCCCAGUGAAUUAGUGUAGGGAAGUAGGUUGACUUUAUGCACUUUUGUUGACUUCGUAAACCUUAUCACUGCUAUUUCAAUGCUGUGGUUCAUUUGCAACUUUCACAUUGCAUCAAUUAACCUGCCUCUGCCGGGUCUUAAAAUAUGUACAAUAUUUUAAUUCUCAAAAAAUGUACAUAUUGUUUCUGGCGCAGGAAAAUCUCUCAGACUUUCCAGGUGAGUUUGCAUGGUUUGUACCUAAAUUUUAAUGUUUGUGUCCCAGAGCUAUGCCCAUCCUGAUCAUGAAAUUGUACCUGGCAUAUGAAUAAUUUCAAUUAACAGUUUAACUGUCUUUUUCAAAAGACAUAUUAAGUUGUUUUAAAGUACAAGUCUAAGGUCAGAUUGUUUCUAAGUAGCUGCCAACUAAUGACAAAAAUAGCUCAAGCUCAUGCAAAAAUAUAUUACUCACCACCGCCCUCUAAAGUUGUUAACAAACAUCAAGUAAACAAACAAAACUAAAUUGCUAUAGCUCCAGUCGGAAGUUAGAACUUUAUAGUUUUUGUGAGACCAAUGACUUGUUUUCUACUUUCUUCAUUUGCAUGUAUUUGCCCCGAAUCCUCUGAUGAAAACAUUCCCACUUGAAUUGUUUGUUCUGACGUAAAUGUAUGAGAAAGCAAACAACUGUUUAACAACUAACACCUAACUGCAAUCAGUUAAUUUUUAUGUAAUAAUUGUGCCUAAGAGGGGUUUGAUGUGCUCUUCUUGUGAUAGGAACAAAACAGCUCAUUAAUAGUAUCUUUAAAAAAAUACCCAUGUAAACAAUCACUUUUCUGUUUUCGGUAGCAUGUAUUAAAUUGGUUGACAAAGCCAACCACAGUAAUGCCCUUGUAACACCUUAGCAACCAGCUCGUAUAUGAUAGCUAUAGCUUAGGAAUGCCUUGGCCACCAGCUGGAAUACCAUAGUAACAAAGUAGCGAAACGUUUGCAACUACAUGGAAUAACAUAGCCACAGCAUAUCAACACCUUGCCAACAACCGACAUACCAUAGCAAAGGCCUAGCAACACCUCAGCAACUAUCUGGAAUAACAUAGCAAUGACCCAGCAACCCCUUAGCAACCAUCUGGGAUAAUAUAGCAACACAUAAGCAACCACUUGGGAUAACAUAGCAAAACUUUAGCAACCACCUGGGAUAACAUAAUAAGACCUUAGCAACCACGUGAGAUAUCAGCAACACCUUAGCAACCUCAUGGCGUUAUAUAGCAAUACCUCAGCAACUACCUGGGAUAAUAUCGCAACACCAUAGCAGCCACAUGGGAUUAUAUAGUAACACCUUAGCAACCACCUGGGAUAACAUAGCAACAUCUUAGCAGUCACCUGGGACAACAUAGUAACACUUUAGCAACCACCUGGGACAGCAUAGCAGCACCUUAGCAACCACAUGGGAUUAUAUAGCAAAAUCUUAACAACCAUCUGGAAUAACAUAGUAAUGACAGCAAAACUUAGCAAUCACCUGGGAUAACAUAACACCAUAUCAACCAUCUGGGAUAACAUAGCAACACCUUAGCAACCAUCUGGGAUAACAUAGCAACACCUUAACAACCACAUGGGAUUAUAUAGCAAAAUCUUAACCACAUAACAUCUUAACAUAGCAAUGACUUAGGAAAAACUUAACUGUCACCUGGGAUAACAUAGCAUCACCAUAGCAACCAUCUGUGAUAAAUUAGCAACACCUUAGCAACCACCUGGGAUAACAUAGCAGCACCUUAACAACCACCUGGGAUAAUAUAGCAACUUCAGUUCACGAAUCUUUCCCUACUAGUUCAUAUGUGAACUAAAUUCACAAGUGAACUAAAUUAAUUUGGUUUAAUUAAUAAUAAUUUUUGGUCGGAGGAUAAUCGAUUGAGCAAAAUCUUAAUGACGUUGAGUUUUGGUGACCAUCAUGUCUGAAAGCUGACGUCUGUUGUCUGAUCCUAAAUGCUGCGAUCACUGAUGCAGCUUUCAAAUCCCGUGUCGCUCAGUGUUGGCUCCAGACUCGUUGCCCUGCCUGGGUGACCCUGAUUACUCCCUCUUAGUCCACCGACAGUGGGAAGCCAUUUAAUGAGGGAAAUAACACACGAACAUCAAAGACGUUCCACUCAGGAUUGGAAUAAGGCCAAAUCAGCCACACUCAUCAAGAAUUAUCAAGAUUUUUUCUCACAGGUCUUUAAUAUUCUUAUUAAAUGGCUUUUUGGCUUCACAAGCCGUUUACCAAUACAUGUUCGUUGCUGUUCUCAUAUCCAUGAAUGGAUCAUUAUGGGCUCUGUGCACAGCACCACAUGACGCAUACACUGUUCAGUUACUGACUGAAGCAUAUUUAACCCUUUAAAUGUUUUUCUUGGUUUAAUGACAAACUUAGAGCUGGGUUUAACAGUUACUGUGCAUUUUAUGAGCUUAAUUGAGAUUUCCUGAAACCUGAAGGUUCAAAGCUGCUUAUUUUAUUAUAAGCUGUGUGUAAUUUGUCAUGUCAUCUGUAUCAGAAGGAUUCAUGGUCUUUCCAUUGUCUGAGGUUCUGCUUUUUAAUCCAGUUUUCAGAAUGAAAAAGUUACCAGUGUAGAAAAACCUUUUCAAGUAUCAUGGGGUUUAUGAUUGUAGCAUACGGUGCUGUGAUAAAGUCAGAGACCAUGUUUCACCCCUCAGAACAGCCAUUAAGUGCAAGGUUAUAUAUGUAGCCUCCUACACUCUAUAGAACCACCGGUGAUUCUAAAACGCACUUCGUCAUAUUCUUCAUAACUUUCAUAUUUCAUAAGCUACAGUACAUUCAGAAGCUGGGCGUCAUAUGAGGCUGUAACUCUUCUUUCCAGUCAAAUAGAUGGUGAUGUCAUUUUA